AUGGGGCGGCAAGUCAGGCAGUGCGGGGGGUCGCUCAGUGCGGGGAGUCGCUCAUGCGGGGGGUCGCUCAGUGCGGGGGGCGCUCAGUGCGGGGGGGCUCAGUGCGGGGGGCUCAGUGCGGGGCGCUCAGUGGGGGGGUCGCUCAGUGCGGGGGGUCGCUCAGUGCGGGGGGUCGCUCAGUGCGGGGGGUCGCUCAGUGCGGGGGGUCGCUCAGUGCGGGGGGUCGCUCAGUGCGGGGGGUCGCUCAGUGCGGGGGGUCGCUCAGUGCGGGGGGUCGCUCAGUGCGGGGGGUCGCUCAGUGCGGGGGGUCGCUCAGUGCGGGGGGUCGCUCAGUGCGGGGGGUCGCUCAGUGCGGGGGGGGGUCGCUCUCAGUGGGGGGGUCGCUCAGUGCGGGGGGUCGCUCAGUGCGGGGGGUCGCUCAGUGCGGGGGGUCGCUCAGUGCGGGGGGUCGCUCAGUGCGGGGGGUCGCUCAGUGCGGGGGGUCGCUCAGUGCGGGGGGGUCGCUCAGUGCGGGGGGUCGCUCAGUGCGGGGGGUCGCUCAGUGCGGGGGGUCGCUCAGUGCGGGGGGUCGCUCAGUGCGGGGGGGUCGCUCAGUGCGGGGGGUCGCUCAGUGCGGGGGUCGCUCAGUGCGGGGGGUCGCUCAGUGCGGGGGGUCGCUCAGUGCGGGGGGUCGCUCAGUGCGGGGGGUCGCUCAGUGCGGGGGGUCGCUCAGUGCGGGGGGUCGCUCAGUGCGGGGGGUCGCUCAGUGCGGGGGGUCGCUCUGUGCGGGGGGUCGCUCAGUGCGGGGGGUCGCUCAGUGCGGGGGGUCGCUCAGUGCGCUCGUGCGGGGGGUCGCUCUGUGGGGGGGGUCGCUCAGUGCGGGGGGUCGCUCAGUGCGGGGGGUCGCUCAGUGCGGGGGGUCGCUCAGUGCGGGGGGUCGCUCAGUGCGGGGGGUCGCUCAGUGCGGGGGUCGCUCAGUGCGGGGGGUCGCUCAGUGCGGGGGGUCGCUCAGUGCGGGGGGUCGCUCAGUGCGGGGGGUCGCUCAGAUGUCGCUCGGUGCGGGACGGCUUGGUUUGGGGCGCCGUGGUGCAGGACGGCGUGGGACGGCGUGGUGCGGGGCUGUGUGGCGCAGCGAGAGCCGUUCGACGCCGCUUGCGGCUUUAA